AUGUCGACUUUAUUUCUCCUCAUAGCACUAUGGCAUCUUCUAAUGCCGACACCAGCUGUUUUGGGUUUUACACCAUCCCUUAGGGAUGUAGCCAGUACGUUCCUGUUUUCCCCAUAUAAGAUAAUAUUUAUGAAUUCAGAAAAAAGGGGCCAAGUUGACAGUGCGCCUUAUGAGGCAAAAGAGAAAUUGGAAACUCCACGUGUAGACGCGGAACGGGAAGAAGCUACUGUAAGCGUUGUCCAAGCGGAGCCGGAGGGGGAAAAGACGCAGGGACGGGAAGAAAAGAAGACGGGGAAAACGCUUAAAACAGGGGUUGCAACAGACGGCAAUGCUGAGAAAGCAGCAAUAACAGCAGCAGAUGUAGCAACAGUCGAGGAAGUAAGCAAACCAACAGAAGAAGUAAGCAAACCAACAGAGGAAGUAAGAAAAAAAAGAAAAACCAACAGAGGAAAGAAAGUAAGCAAACCAACAGAGAAAGUAAGCAAACCAACAGAGAAAGUAAGCAAACCAACAGAGAAAGUAAGCAAACCAACAGAGAAAGUAAGCAAACCAACAGAGAAAGUAAGCAAACCAACAGAGAAAGUAAGCAAACCAACAGAGAAAGUAAGCAAACCAACAGAGGAAGUAACAAUAGUCGAAGAAGCAGCUGAACCAGCUAAGGACGCAGUAACCGUGGAAGAAGCCGAAGGAAAGUCGAACGAAAGCGCGGCACAUGUAGACAGCCCAUUGAAGGAAGGAAAGUAUCUGUUUUUCUGGAGACAGAGAUCUAAUAAGGAUAAAAAAAAAGAAACAAAUAAGAAAGGAUCCAAUGGUGAGUCCCAAGAAAAGGACAAGAAGAAAUUACCCACGACUUUUCUACUACCAGGGAUUGGAGGAAGUACACUAAUUGCCGAAUACAAAGAUGCAAUGAUCCAUAGCUGCAGCAGCAGUGUGUUAAAUUCAAAGCCAUUUAGAUUAUGGGUUAGUUUAACUAGACUUUUUUCCAUAACAUCAAAUGUGUACUGUACCUUUGACACCUUGAGAUUAAUAUACGAUAGUGAGAAAAAAAUGUAUUCGAAUCAACCAGGAGUUAAUAUUACGGUGGAAGAUUAUGGGCGUCUCAAAGGUGUUGAUUAUUUAGAUUACAUUAACAAUACUGGUAUAGGGGUAACAAAGUAUUAUAACACUAUAGCUUCUCAUUUUCUGUCUAAGGGUUAUGUUGAGGGGGAAAGCAUCAUAGGUGCACCGUACGAUUGGCGUUAUCCCCUGUACCAACAAGAUUACAACCUUUUCAAAGAGACCAUAGAAGCAACUUAUGAAAGGAGAAACGGAAUGAAGGUAAAUCUAGUAGGGCAUAGUUUAGGAGGAUUAUUUAUAAAUUAUUUCCUAGUGCAUAUAGUAGAUAAAGACUGGAAAGCGAAGUAUUUAAAUUCGGUUCUAUAUAUGAGUUCUCCAUUUAAAGGUACCGUGAAAACGAUUAGGGCUUUACUGCAUGGAAACCGUGAUUUUGUUUCUUUCAAAUUUCAGAAAUUGAUUAAACUGUCCAUAUCAGAUAGUAUGAUGAAGGCCAUUGGAAAUUCAAUAGGUUCCCUCUAUGACCUCAUACCGUAUAAGGAAUACUAUGACCAUGAUCAGGUUGUAAUUAUAAUGAAUACAGACUCCGUGCCGAUUGAUGAUAAUCAUAUGCAGUCUAUUGUGACCUCGUGUGGAAUAUAUAAUAAGGACUGCUACUUGAACAGAACUGACGUGAAGUUAAAGGUGCACACGUUAUCAGAUUGGCAUGUGCUUCUAAAGGAUGACUUGAUGGAAAAAUACAAUAAUCAUAAACCAUACAGAGACAGGCAUUUUCUCAUGGACCAUGGGAUACCCAUAUAUUGUGUAUAUAGUUCCCUUAGAAAUAAGACCACCGAUUAUUUGUUGUUUUUUCAAAGGGAAAACUUGAACGACGAACCUAUUGUUUAUUACGGAAUAGGGGACGGAACUGUGCCCAUCGAAAGUUUAGAAGCAUGCAAUAGUUUUUACAACGCUAAGGAGAAGAAGCACUUUAAGAAUUAUAGCCAUAUCGGUAUUCUACACAGUGCCGAAUCUGUCAAUUAUGUGUACGAUUUGAUGCAGACGAAAGAGGAAAAAUUGGACGAUGCGUCUGAGGCUGCUAAAACCGAGCUAACUGUGCAGGGUAGUGUCAAAGGAAUUAACGUUGCAGAGGACGAGUUUAGCAAGGUGUCUCAUCAGGAAAAGGGAAACGAAGAAAUGGUCAAAGUGGCAGGGAUCCGCGUCAAAUAA